CUAGACAACGGGGAAUUCAUCUGGGCAGACUCGGCAUACAUGCUCGAGAAAUGGUGCAUUUCCCCGUACAAACAGCCAGCAAGCCUCGAGCUUGGGAACGAAGAGUUUAACAACCAUGUUUCCAUGGUUCGAAUCCGCUCUGAACACGCCAUCGGCUUCUUGAAGGGACGCUUCCAGUCCCUGAAAGGACUCCGUGUCAGCAUCAAGGACGAACGUACACACAAACUGGCAACAUACUGGGUCGCAGCAUGUGUCGCCGUUCAUUCAUUUGCAAUGGAUUGUGAGCAGGAAGAGCGAGGACUUGGGAACAAGACGGAUGAGGAUGUUGCUGUGAUGGCAGAUCCAUUCAUCGCGGAAGGGCUGUCCUCGGAGUCCGAUUCAGCUGAAGGAGAUGGGACAUAUGGUGCGGGUGCAAGUUACACCGGUGGGCAUGAGGGCAAACAGCAGCGGGAGAAGCUUAAACGUCGCCUGUUCAGGGCUAAAGCUCGUCGCCAAGAGCGCCGGACUCAGAGGCAACGGCAAGAACUAGGUUUUUCAGAUCCGGAGACUAUGGACUAAUACACACAACUGUCUACCUACAUAAAAAUUUAAUACGUUG